ACGGCUUCCGGUUGUGGAUUGAACGUGAGGGGGAUGUUGCCAUCAGAAGUCUUUAUUGAGCGACGUGAAACAUAAAUACAAUUAAAACAGCAUCAGUAAAAUUAAAUAAUUCGUCAUGGUUGCGACGGGGGCGGGAAACUGACGGCUUCCACUGCGCAUGCGUGACUAUCCUCCAACACUCGCGAGAGUUGAGUGGAGCUCUCGCGGUAUCCGGACAGCCGUUUCCUCAACUUCACGCGCAAGACCGCAAAGAUGGCCGUUUCGGUGACUUUGAAGGGCGCCAGAUCUAUUUGGAAGCCGGCUUUGCUGGCCCCUCACUGGGUGCAAGCUCUAACAGAUAUGAGUCACAGGAACGUGACCUCGCAGCAGACCAUCCCGCCUCCUGCCAAAUAUGGGGGCCGCCACACAGUUACAAUGAUUCCUGGCGAUGGGAUUGGACUAGAACUCAUGCUGCAUGUCAAGGAGAUAUUCAGGCAUGCCUGUGUGCCAGUGGACUUUGAGGAGGUGCUGGUGAGCUCGGACGCAUCUGACACAGAUCUGCAAAACGCCAUCAUGGCCAUCCGGCGAAACCGGGUGGCCCUCAAAGGAAACCUGGAGACAAACCACAACCUACCGCCUUCCCACAAGUCCCGCAAUAAUAUUCUGCGGACCACCUUGGAUCUCUUUGCGAACGUGAUCCGCUGCAAGAGUCUCCCGGGCGUGGCAACCCGGCAUCGGGACAUCGACAUCCUUAUGGUCCGCGAGAACACGGAGGGAGAGUACAGCAGCCUGGAGCACGAGAGCGUCUCUGGUGUGGUGGAGAGCCUGAAGAUCAUCACCAAGACCAAGUCGCUGCGCAUCGCCGAAUAUGCCUUCCAGCUGGCAAAGGAAUCCGGGCGCAAGAAGGUGACGGCUGUCCACAAGGCCAACAUCAUGAAGCUGGGUGACGGACUCUUCCUCCAGUGCUGCAGAGAGGUGGCCGCUGGCUAUCCAGACAUCACCUUUGACAGCAUGAUUGUUGACAACACCACCAUGCAGCUGGUCUCCCGUCCUCAGCAGUUUGAUGUCAUGGUUAUGCCUAACCUCUAUGGCAACAUUGUCAACAACGUCUGUGCUGGACUGAUUGGGGGCCCGGGAUUGGUCCCGGGGGCCAAUUAUGGGCGAGAUUACGCAGUUUUUGAAACGGCUACUCGCAACACGGGCAAGAGCAUCGCCAACAAGAAUAUCGCCAACCCAACAGCUAUGCUGCUUGCCAGCUGCAUGAUGCUGGACCACCUCAAGCUCCACAGCUACGCCUCGAUGAUCCGCAAGGCAGUCCUGGCUUCCUUGGAUGAUCCAAAGACCCACACACCAGAUAUUGGAGGGCAAGGGACGACUUCGGAGGCUGUUCAGUCUAUCCUGAAGCAGAUCCGUGAAUCUGCAGUCAAUUUGGCGCAGGUGCCAUCCUGAAACCAGAGAGCAGAGGAAAUUCCUCACUUCACCACAACAAAAAUAAACAGUCUCUCAAGCGAUGCGGGUAUGCCCCUGCUGUACAAAACUAAAACAGACCUUAAUGUGCCCAAUAUAAUUCUGUAUGUAGCCCUUAAACAGGCAGUUCUCCUCUCCAAGGAAAUAAAUGUCAAUGUGACCAGUA